CAUCAAAUUUGCUUAAUUUCGUUGCUUUUCUUUUCACUACAACAAUGGCUGCCUCAACUAUGGCUCUCUCCUCCCCUUCAUUUGCCGGCAAGGCGGUGAAACGCGCUCCCUCCUCCUCCGAGCUCCUCGGCCGCAGCCGUGUUACCAUGCGUAGAGGCGUCGGCAGGCCAGGUCCUUCUGGUAGCCCAUGGUACGGUCCAGACAGAGUUAAGUACUUGGGACCAUUCUCCGGCGAGCCCCCAAGCUACUUGACUGGUGAGUUCCCGGGUGACUAUGGCUGGGACACUGCUGGGCUCUCUGCCGACCCAGAGACCUUUGCUAGGAACCGUGAGCUCGAGGUGAUCCAUGCAAGAUGGGCCAUGUUGGGAGCCCUUGGGUGUGUGUUCCCCGAGCUUCUGGCCCGUAACGGCGUUAAGUUUGGUGAGGCAGUCUGGUUCAAGGCUGGAGCCCAAAUCUUCAGCCCAGGUGGGCUUGACUACUUGGGCAACCCAAACUUGAUCCACGCCCAAAGCAUCUUGGCCAUCUGGGCCUCACAGGUCAUCCUGAUGGGGGCAGUUGAGGGUUAUCGAAUUGCAGGUGGGCCUCUCGGGGAAGUGACUGACCCAUUGUACCCCGGUGGUAGCUUUGACCCGUUGGGCCUGGCCGAUGACCCAGAGGCAUUUGCCGAGUUGAAGGUGAAGGAGAUCAAGAACGGCAGAUUGGCCAUGUUCUCUAUGUUUGGAUUCUAUGUUCAGGCCAUCGUGACUGGAAAGGGACCAUUGGAGAACCUCGCCGACCACCUUGCCGACCCCGUCAACAACAAUGCCUGGGCUUAUGCCACUAACUUUGUCCCCGGAAAGUGAGAGCUCAAGGAUUGAGUCUUACUUUUCCUCUGUUGUUUUCAGGUAAAUUUGUCUCAAAUCAAUGAGCAAUUGAGCAUUAUGUGAAUUAUGCGUUCCUCACCGAAAGAGCUAAAAGAUGCGAUGCUACUUAAACACAAAAUUAAUCAAAUUCAAUAAC